UGUUCUGUAUGUGCAAAGAUGGCAGCUCAGGUUGACCUGCUCCGAGCCAGAUCCGAGGAGGAGAAGAGGAGGGAGAGUCUGCAGAGGUUGAUCCGAGAGAAGAAGAAGAGGGAGAGGAAGGAGGAGAGGAAGAGGAGGGAGGAGGAGGAGAGGGAGAGGAGGGAGCUGGCAGCAGAGAAACAGGUGAGGAGGGAGGAGAAGAAGCUGAAGCUUCAGCGGAGCCUCACGCUGCAGGUUCCCCGCAAACAGAGCAGCUUCAGCGGGGAGAAGCAUGUCCUCCUGCAGCCCCAACACCUGCUCCUGCAGCCCCAACACCUCCACCUGCAGCCGGGCCAGCAUCUCCCUCCUCUUCCUCCUCACCCUCCUCCCCCUCAGAAGAAGCUCCAGGCAGAAACAGCUGCUCUGUUCUCCUUCUCUCCCCUGAAGAUGGUGAAGGAGAAGCCGCAGGAGUUCAGGGAGAAGGAGCUGAAGCUGAAGAAGGAGAACACGGAGGCGAACGUGAAGCCUGCUCAGAUCAGGAGCAGCAAGGACCCGAGGCCUCACAGUGAGAAGCUGCAGGAGUAUCUGCUGAAGAAAAAGAAAAAGAAGAAGAAGAAGAAGCACCGUGAGGAGGAGCACAGCAGGAGGGGGGGGGGCGUCCGCCACAUGCACCACAAAGCUGUGCAGACUGUGAGCCCGGACCCCCCCCGCCCUGUGAAGCUCCUCCCCUUCCUGUCGCACCAGGACCACUCCAUCCGGCGCUCCCACCUGCAGACCGGCUCCUGGGCGGGCCGCUUCCUGCACGAGGAGCGCCAGGCCAACGGGGGGGGGGCCGUGCUGCACGCCUACGCCGACGAGCUGUCCUGCCUCGGCGCCGCGGAGAUGGAGGUCUUCGCCGCGGAGUUCCUGCAGCUGGCGUUCGCAGAGAAGGCGCGGGGGGCGGCGCUGUACGCCCUCGCCGUGGUGCAUGGCGCCGCCCACUUCCUGCCAGACUUCCUGGACUACUUCGCCUUUAACUUCCCCAACACCCCCGUGAAGAUGGAGAUCCUCGGGAAGAAAGACAUCGAGACCACCACCAUCGCCAACUUCCACUCUCAGGUGAGCCGGACGUACUGCUCGGGGACGUACCGCUCUGGCCCCAUGAGGCAGAUCAGUCUGGUGGGGGCCGUGGACGAGGAGGUGGGGGAUUUCUUCCCGGAGUUCCUGGAUAUGCUGGAGGAGUCGCCCUUCCUGAAGAUGACCCUUCCCUGGGGGAGCCUCUCCUCCCUGCAGCUGUCCUGCCGCUCUCAGAGCGACGACGGGCCGAUCCUGUGGGUGAGACCGGGGGAGCAGAUGGUGCCGACCGCCGACCUCCCCAAGUCCCCCUUCAAGAGGCGCAGGUCCAUGAACGAGAUCAAGAACCUGCACUACCUCCCUAGGGCCAGCGAGCCCCGGGAGGUUCUGUUCGAGGACCGGACCAAAGCCCACGCUGACCACGUGGGGCAGAGCUUCGACUGGCAGAGCACGGCCGCCGUGGGGGUGCUGAAGGCCGUGCACUUCGGGGAGUGGAACAAUGGUCCCCGGGUCACCAAAGACGUGGUGUGUUUUCAGGCCGGAGAUUUCAGCGAGGUGGUGCAGCGGCUGCAGCUCGACCUCUAUGAGCCCCCGGUGUCUCAGUGUGUGCAGUGGGUGGACGACGCUAAGCUGAACCAGCUGCGCAGGGAGGGGGUCCGCUACGUCCGCACGCAGCUCUGCGACGACGACAUCUACUUCAUCCCCAGGAACGUGAUCCACCAGUUCAAGACGGUGUCGGCCGUCUGCAGCCUGGCCUGGCACAUCCGCCUCCGGCAGUACCAGCCCGGGGCGCCGGAGCAUCGUCACCCCCCUGCACGAUGCUUCUCCUUCCCAAACCUGCCCGAAGACUCCCUCGCCCCGUGUGGAGACAGCAUUCUGGGAGGGGGAGCUUUCACCAGAGAACCAGAGCUGCAGAGGCCGGCUUCCCCCCCCCAGGAGCCACAGCCGGCCCCCCCACAGCCAACCAAAUCUGCCCACCUACACCCGACGUACCGGGACCCCCCCCCUCUCUUUCCACUCUGCAUGCACACCUUCAAGAGACAGAAACUUCCAGAAGACUCUGAAACAUUCUGCAGAGGUCUCCGAGUGAAACACCAGGGAACUUUUUAAAUGUCCCGAAUGUUUUUCAGUCACACAAAGAUACACUUUUUAUUCUCCUGGGUCUCCCUGCUGUAUACUUUAAAAGGUGUGUACCACAUAAAUUAUUUUGCCAUUAUAAAAGUCUACGGAGGCCCACAGGUUCAAACACAGCGUCCUGAACUCCUCCAUCAGGAGGAACAGCUUCAGAAAGGAUGCAGAAACUCAGAUCAGAACACAUGCAGCAACAUCUGCAGCAGCUCUUCAACACAUGCAGCUUUUAGAGAACAUUCAGCAGCUUGAGGAAACAUGAGCAGCGUUGGGUGACGUUCAGGAUCGUGAAGAUGGACUCUGGCUCUGUUGUUGGAAACUAGCAGCGUGUUUGCAGCUGUGGGCCUCCGUAGGACGCUCUGCUGCUUCUUCUUUUGGCUAAAUGAUUUUAUUGGAGGAAUGAAGUCUGUGUCAGGCUGACGAUGGUUGGCAGCCUUAAUUUAAUCACACUAAAAGUUUGUUACCCAAACAUUUCAAUGCAGAGAUGUCUUGAUGAAAAAUCUAAAAACUGACGUCUGUCAAAUCAGGAACCCUUUAAAUAUUCUUAAGUUUGAAUUAUGUUUUUUUUAUUCCAUUAUUUCUGUGAUUUUUUAUUACUAUUUUUCAGCAAAAGUCUACAAUAUAAUGGUUAUUAUAUUAUUGCUGUGUGGGUGUUUAGUGUGCAUCGUCUAAAUUAUUUUUGCCAUUAUUGAAUAAAUAAUUAUAAAAAACCUUUUUAUUUUAAAUGUUGAAAAAGCACUUUUAAAUUAAAUGUAUUAUUAUUGUUA